AUGAUGGAAGACGAUACGCAUAUUGAGCCUACCGAUCAACGCGGUACCAAGCGCGCAGCAGAGCAAGAUGAGCCUCUGGAACCCUCUAAACCAAAGAAAAUCAAGGCUUUGGAUCCCGAUGUCGUAAAUAAAAUUGCUGCUGGGGAGAUUAUCGUUGCUCCAAUGCACGCACUUAAGGAGCUCAUCGAAAACGCCGUCGAUGCUGGCUCCACCUCAAUUGAAGUCCUGAUUAAGGAAGGGGGUCUGAAACUACUCCAGAUUACCGAUAAUGGCCAUGGCAUUGAUGUAAGUCAUCUCUUAUGUUACAGCAGCUGUCUCUGA